GCGCUACCGAUGCUCGGAGUUGCUCUGGGCAUUUGCGCUGACGUGUCGCGGCUCUUCCAGACGAAGACAAAGUGGUCCGCGGAGGUUCGUUGGAUUCUAGGAGCUGCAGGCUUACUCCUACUUCCCGGCGUUUUGAGCUUCGUCAACGCAGUCUUGGCCGCUUUGCCCUUCUUAGAAGGGUUCGCGUCGUGGCGCCCCGGCCGGCGCCGUGAAGCUCUAGAGCAUCUGCAGGAGGUGCGUGCGUGGCACCUGGUGAUGCUGAUUACACUCUUAGCCUGCAUGGCUUGCCUCAGACGGGCACAGCAUUGCAAGUUCCGGCAAGCACAAGGCUACACUUCAUAG